AUGGCUGCAGGAUCCAGCCGUCCUCCUCAGUUUGUCCUUGCUUUGGUCAUCCUGGUCCUGCAAUGGCCGGAGGGAGCCGUCACCUUCCACACCAUGCCCCUCUCCAGCCUCUUUGCCAGUGCAAUCCUGCGAGCUCAGCAUCUGUACUUGCUCGCUGCCGGUACUUUCAAAGAGUUUGAACGGUCCUACAUCCCAGAAGACCAGCGGAACUCCAACAGGAACACCCAGUCAGAUGUCUGCUACUCCGAAACCAUCAUGGCACCCAUGGGGAAGGACGAUGCUCAGCAAAAGUCGGACAUAGAGCUGCUCAGGUUUUCACUCACCUUCAUUCAAUCGUGGCUCAGCCCAAUGCGGUUCAUAAGCAGGGCGUUCACUAACAAUCUAGUCUUUGGGACUUCGGAUAGAGUCUAUGAAAAACUCCAAGACUUGGAAGAAGGUAUUCGGGUUCUCAUGCGGGAGGUGGGGGAUGGGAGCUCCCAGGGCCCUCCUCUCCUUAUGCCCAGCUAUGACAAGUUUGAUGCCAACCUCCAGAACGAAGCCUCUCUGAUGAAAAACUACGGCCUUCUGUCCUGCUUCAAGAAGGACCUGCACAAAGUGGAGACCUACCUGAGAGUCAUUAAAUGCCGGCGUUUUGGGGAAAUUAACUGCACCUUCUGA